AUGUCUGGAAGGCCACAUUUUAGCGAGUUGCUGGACGUCGACCCAGAUGAAGCGUCUGAAGAGCUGACAGAGGUGACAGAGGUGGUGUGUCUGGAAUCAGAACUACAGGAUGGUCAGAUGAUGGAGGUGGAGGUGGGACGUCACAAUGUUCUGUUGGUACGGAGUGAAGGCAUAUACAGCGCCAUCGGCAACCAGUGUACACACUACGGCGCUCCCUUGAGCAAAGGGGUUCUAUCAGGGCACAGGGUGCGAUGCCCGUGGCACGGGGCCUGCUUCAACAUCCAGACAGGAGACCUGGAAGAAUUCCCUGGCAUGGACUGUCUACCCUGUCACACGGUGAAAGUCGAAAACAACAAAGUGUAUGUGUCCGUAAACAAAAAGACCAAACGAAUAAAGUGUAUGGGCUCCAGAGUAGAAGGUGUCAUCCACACCAUCCUACUGCUCGGGGGAGGGUCUGCGUCGUUGGUGUGUGCGGAAACUCUGAGACAGGAGAACUUUGGAGGCAGAAUCAUCAUGGUAACCAGGGACAACCUUCUGCCCUAUGACAAAACACGACUCAGCAAGGUAAUGAAUGUGGAGAAUGACAGCAUUUUGCUGAGGAGGAUGGAGUUCUUCCAUAAAUACGACAUCGAGGUGUGGCUCCGCAAAGAGGCCAUGUCAUUGGACACAGAGAAGAAGAAAGUAACAUUUGAUGACGGUUCAGUCCAGAGCUACGACCAGCUCCUCAUAUCCACAGGCUGCAGAGCGAAGGGUCUGGAGUGUCCAGGUAAAGACCUGGAGAAUGUAAAGAUGCUGGAGACACCGGAGGAUAAGGAUGUGGCGUUUUAUAUGAAUGACAAUGUGUCAGAGGUCCGCGGAGAGAACGGAAAGGUAAAAGAUGUUGUGCUGAAGAGUGGGACAGUCAUUCCUGCUGAUGUUUUAAUUGUUGGCAUCGGUGUGAUCCCGAACUCAGAGUUCCUGCAGGGUACUCCCAUAGCGAUGGACUCUAAGAGCUCAGUCAUAGUGGACAAGUGCAUGAGGACCAAUGUUCUCGAAGUGUUCUGUGGAGGAGACCUGGCUACCUUCCCCCUGACAAUGGCUAAAGACCAGAGAGUCAAUAUAGGACACUGGCAGAUGGCACAGGCACACGGGAGAGUAGCAGCCCUGAACAUGCUGAAUAUACCCACUGAACUCAACUCUGUCCCUUACUACUGGACCGUCCUACUGGGGAAGACCAUCAGAUACACAGGCUAUGGGGAAGGAUACACUGACAUCGUGGUAAAAGGGAAAGUGGAGGAACAAAAGUUCCUGGCCUUUUAUAUCAAGGAUGAUGAGGUAAUAGCAGCAGCCAGUCUGAACUAUGACCCAGCUGUUUCUGCUGUGGCCGAGAGGUUCGCUGCAGGAAACACCAUCACUAAGAAAGAGGCUGAAUCAGAUGACCUGAGGUGGCUGAAGCUGGAACUGUCCUGA